CCAGAGGGUGCCUGCUCCUGUCAGCGCGCUCAGCCCGGCCCGCGCGGCCCGAUGCUUUUCCACUCGCGUCGGUGCCGAGCGUUUUCGCCGCUGCACACGGAGAGCGCGGCGGGCGGGUCGCUGAGGGCGCGGGGACCCGGGGGCUCGCGACCUGGGGUUGGGACUCCUGCCGCGCGCACCACCCCCGGACCGGCCCGGGCCCCGGGCCCCCCACUCCCCGGUCCCCCUGCACCCCAAGACCCUGCCCACCUCGGGGCCCCCUGCGCGCCCCAAGAGCCCCGGGCCCCGGGCCCCCUGCGCCCCGAGAGCCCCGCGCACCCCGGGACCCCCGCGCGCCCCGAGAAUCCCUGGCCUUGGGACUCCUGCGCCCCGGAAUCCCUGCUCCCCAAGAGCCCCGCGCCCCGGGACCCCCGCGCGCCCCGAGAGCCUGCGCACCCGGGGCCCCGUACACUCUACGCGCCCUUUGGCUGUAAGGGGCCCUGCCUGGGGCGCGCUGCCACUUGCUGAACCGACUUUGGGUGUCGCCUUUGCGAGCUGUCGUCGUUCCGGUACCGAGACGCGCGGCCUGAGCGGUUCCCGAGACUCAUGUGCCUGUCAUCUUGCAGCGAGAGAGAAGCAGGAAGUUGGACGUGAUAAACUGUGCGUCAAGGGAGCCCAAAGGUGGACCCGCACGACGGGGGAGACCCGACCCUCCCCGGCGAACUGUGGAAGGUGAUUGGAAGUGGAUUCCGAAGCUGCUUUCUCUGCAUAGACGAGGGUUGAGUCUCAGACUUUUCCUGGGAGCGGAGAGAGGUGCGUUAGAAACAGGCACGAGGCUCUGAAGAACCCUCGGGAAUGGAUCGCUCGUCUUUAAAAUGGAAACGUACCCUUGAGGGUUAGCUCAGAGCCAACAGCGGCCCGGGCCUCCCGAAGCCUGAUGUUCCAGAACCCCAGGGCCUGUCGGCGUGGACAGAGGGCACGGGCCCCAGACCAUGGUCACCCUCAUCACUGAGAAGCUGCAGAACCAGAGCCUGGAUGACCUUGCCCGCAAGAGCUACGAUGCCGGCCCGUAUUCUGCCCAGAAACUGAACACAAGUGGCCACUCGUUCCCUUCUGAGACCGACGAAGACAAGCACCCCUGGAAGGUCGUCAGUGGAGGACAGCCCGUUGGAAGCCAGGGGGCCGCGGGCCCUGCCAUCCCCUUCCCUCCUGGCCCCUGCAGCCCGAGCGCCAGCCUGGGUGCGGUCAGUGCCAGGGACCUCAGGGAUGGCGCAGGGCCGCCCUCAGCACCACCGACCAAGCGACACUGCCGCUCCCUGUCGGAGCCCGACGAGCUGGCGCGCUGCCGGUCCCCGUGGCGCCCCGGCGGCUCCAGAGUCUGGGCUCCUGUCUCCAAGCGGCGCUGCCACAGUGGCGGGAGCGCCACGCUGCAGGCCGGGAGCGCCUGGUCGCCGGGCCGAGCCCUCCCCGCUGCCAGCUCCGCCUCACCCCCCGCGCCCCGGCCGGCCUCGGCUUUGGCCAGCAGCGGCCUCCUGGCCCUGGGCCCGGCUCGGCAACCCGCCGGACCUCGCUGGCCCUCGCCGCGCCGCCGCCUGUCCCUGUCACAGGAGCACCUGUUGCCAGUGGACGCGGCCCCACCCUCAGCAGGCAGCACGCCCGCGUCCACGCCCGCGUCCACGCCCGCGUCCACGCCCGAGCUGGGCCGCCGCCGGGGCCUGCUCCGCUGCCGCUCUCAGCCAUGUGUGCGCGCGGGCGGGAAGGGCCAGCGGAAGCGCAGGCGUGAGGAGGAUGCCCGCUGGCCGCGCCCGGCCCUGGACUUCCUGAAAAUGACGCGGACGUUAAAAAAUUCAAAAAGCCUUUGCUCCCUCGAUUAUGAAGACGAGGAUGAGGAAGACGCCCAAGUGAAGACAGCCGUGUCCUCCCCGUGCGACCCGCACGGCCCCAUGAGCACCGCUGCGCCCAGCCCCGGCGACGCCGGCCCCAGCCCGGGGGGCUGGCGGGGGUGGGUGGCCGGUGAGGGCGAGGGCGGGAGUGGCGGGGACCCAAGUGACUGGGACAGCGCCGGGGAGGAGGGCAUCUUCCCCCUGGGCCGCGGCGAGCUGGACCUGGAGCAGAUCGAGAACAACUGACCGGCAGGCGGGGGAGCCCCGGCUCUUCCCCGCGAACGUGCUGUUUUGAACUCGAGGUGUCGCUUUGAUCCAGUCUUUCCUAAAGAAGUGUUCUGCGUUUUUACGGCAUUUACGGUUCCGAGAAAGCGUCUCUAUUUUGAAGUGAAUUUUCGUGAGGGCAUUCUGUUAACAGGGUCUGUGCACAGACCCUGGGGUGGGUUUGGUGAAACGCCUGCUGUGAAGGGCACUGCGCGUGGUUCAGCUGCUCGGAAACACCGGGCGCGUGGCCGGCCCCUCUGUGGAUGCGGUCGUCGUGUGCCGGGCUGUUUGGAGCAGGGCCACGUCGCUGAGGACUUGGGAUGGGCCGUGAGGACGUGGUCCUGGCAGCCCUGCUCUGUCACUUCAAUAAAAGGCAUUCAUUUGCUUUGCGGUGUGGCUUCUGCCGCUCGCUUUCCGCCCCAGGUCACGUAGGCCUGGCUGGCCUCGCGUCUCUUUUUGUUCAUUCUAACAAUAAAAUCAUAGGCUUUCUACCAAACACGUUGAUCUAAGGAACUUUGGGUAAGAGGAAGGAUUUGCGAUAGCGAAAGGAGACGUUUAUAAUCUUUGGAGAAGUAUUCUUGCUUUUCUUUCCUGAGAAAAUGGUCGUGGGGCCCUGUUGUUAACUGGAAGCGCCUUCUGAACUGGUUUGGGCUUAGCUGGGGGCCGGGCAAGGCUGGGAAGCGUGCUCUUCCCCAUGGGCCCCCCAUUGGCCCUGCCGUGCGAGGUGGGGGGCAGGGUCUUUGAGCGCUGCGCGGCUGCCUGCCGGGCACCCACCCACCUCGUGCCUCUUGGGAAACUCAGCAGCACCUGUUCUGACACAGUUACUUACAGAACUGAAGUGGCGGUAAAGGCUUCUUUUCCCAUCAGUGUCGAAGAGGUCUUUCUUCUCUUAAAACCUCGGCGGCAGCCUGAGGGCCCCGCUGUCCUCAGAGGCACAGUUCGGCUCCUGGUUGCUCUCCUGGGGAAGUAGGGGAAUGGAUGUCUGUGCCGCAGACAGAUGCAGAGGGGCCUCCUGCCUCUUCUGAACAGUCCACGUGUCCAGCCAGAGGCCCCUGCCACUGGCUGUGCCCGUCUGGGGUGUCACCUGGACAGUGGGGAUUUGGAAGCUGCCUGGGUUUUUUUUUUUUUUUUUUUUGUGGUACGCGGACCUCUCGCUGUUGUGGCCUCUCCCGCUGUGGAGCACGGGCUCCGGACGCGCAGGCUCAGCGGCCAUGGCUCACGGGCCCAGCCGCUCCGCGGCAUGUGGGAUCUUCCCGGACCGGGGCACAAACCCGAGUCCCCUGCAUCGGCAGGUGGACUCUCAACCACUGCGCCACCAGGGAAGCCCUUUUUUGGGCUUUUUUUGGCGACGCUGCGCAGCAUGUGGUAUCUUAGUUCCUUGACAGGGAUUGAACCCUUGUCCCAUGCAGUGGAAGCGUGGAGUCUUAACCACUGGACCUCCAGGGAAGCCCUGGAAGCUGCCCAGGUUUAGCUGAAAGAGAAAAGAACAAAAUUGAGUUGCCGAGGGGGCCGGGGGUGGGGGGCGAGACGGGAAGGUGGCUGCAGGGGACGUGGUGCUGGUGGUGUCGGGACGGCUGGAGAGCCCCCAGGAUGGCUCUUCAGCAGGGGCUGGAGGAGGGGACCCUGGCCUGGCAAAGGCUACUGUAGGGCCCAGGCGGGGAAGCGCGGGAGAGAGUCGGUGACGGCAGGGGCAGCGCUGUGUGCAGGAGUGAGCCCAGCCAGGCCCAGCCCCGGGGGGCCCUGGGCAGGUGGCGGGCGGGCACGGGAGAGCUCCCCACAGCCCUGUCCAGCUGGGCCGGCCGUGGGUCUCCAGGCCGAGCACAUCUGUGUCACUCCAGGCUGCUCGGGGUCAGCCUGCAGGUCUGGGCGGCCGCGGAGGGGCGUCUUAGGAGCCCAGGUGAGCACCGCUGCUCCGCAGCUCCCGGCCUCCUGACCUCUUCCAGGUGAGUGCCUUGUGACCCCCAUGCUGGUUGCCCCAGAUAGUAAAUACCUUGGAUUUGGAGGGUCACGUACAGUCUUCUCCCCGCAGAAGUGGAAAAUCCAUCUGAGCUCUCUCGGGCAGUCACCGUUCAGGGGUCGCUUGCUGGUGCCUGAAUUCGGGGAAUUAAAGGAUAAAGUCAAAGACAGAAGGAGGAAUCGAUGGUAAAGUAAGAGCAGAAACGAUGGAAGCGGACAGAGCCAGAGCGAGGAGACAGAGCCAGAGCGAGGAGACGGGAGUCUUGCCUCUGAUGGACUCAGGUGACGGGCCGAGCAGGACGGAGCCCAGAGGGACAGUCAGGGGCGACAAGAGGACAGAGCCUGAGGGCAGCAGGGCCCCUGCCGAUGGUGAGAGGGCGAGGUGGGCGGCGGGGAGGAAAGGGCGAAUUCCCAGGAGGAUAGUGCAGAAACCAGUGCCGCAAGUCAGAACCCAGGGCCAGUCCUGCAACCACUGAACAAAACGGGCUGAGCAUCUUCCUGCAGAGACCACACCCACCCCAGACGACUUCGGGCAAAUCCUACAAAAUACACAAGAUGGAGGAGAUUCCAGUUGGAGAAGACACGCCCCCGAGAAUCCAGUGUGGCCAGGGAGGCCCUGACAUGACGGCGUGGAGGGGCGGUGGGGGUGGGGUGGAGCUUGGCGGUGGUCGGGGUCAAGGGUCAGAGUGGUCAGGGUCGAGGGCAAGCAGGGUCUGUCUCCUGGCCUCCACCCCAGGCCUCCGGACAGCAGGGAGAGGGCCCUGGUCCCCUCACAGUGGCCACCAGCCCGUAGGUGCCAAGCCCCUCCUCCCUUUCCCCGGGCCCCCGACCUUGACCCCCUCCCCCACCCCACUGCUCAGCCGGGCACCCCUCCCGGGGUGCCCGCAGCCCAUCCCAACCGUGGGCCUCUGCCCUGGUGUCGAGUGGGAGGGGAAGUGACUGCCCAUCAUGCACCUUUUCCUAUUUUUCUGCAGCUGUGGAUAUAGCUUUUAAAAACCUAUUUAAGUUGAUUUUGGUAAUUUAUAUUGUCUUAGAACGGUGUCAGUUUCAUCAAGAAUAUCCCAUGUACUAACCUGUCACUUUUAAUCCGGGCUCUCUGGUCCCCUCUUCUGGGCCCGCACGGCGUCUGGGUUCUCUCGCUCUGUUGAUUAGCCUGGUCAGACGUUUGUUUAUUUUAUUUAUUUAUUUUGAGGAACCAGCGCUUGGAUUUACUUUUGAGUUCCCCCAUUUUCCUCGUUUCCAAUUCAUUAAUCCGCCUUUAUCUGUACUCCUCGCUCCUGCCUCCUGCGGAUUUACUUUAUUGUUCUGUUUUCCCUCCUUGUGUCGAAUGUUGAGUUCAUUUAUUUUCAGUCUCUCUUGCUCAGUAAUAAAAACAUUUAAGGUUGCGAA